CCAAUUUUCAAAAUGUCGGACCCCAGGUCGCCGCAUCUCAAGAAUCGCGAUACCCCUCCCUGGGGCCUUUACCAGCGCGAGAACUUUUGGAAGUUGAACAAUGGCCAUGUUCCACCAUUUAACACGCAUCCUGAUAAACUUGAAGAACUCGCCAAGAAGCAGCUGACGGAAAAUGGCUGGCUCUACGCAUCAUCCAACGCUGGCCUGUCAGAUACCCAUCUUGCGAACCGUCAGGCUUUCUUCCGACAUAAGAUAGUUCCUCGUCAGCUUGUAAACACCAAUGAGCGAUCUACCAGAACUACCAUUUUUGGCCAUGAGGUCUCUGCGCCGUUUGGAAUUGCGCCUAUUGGGAUCAACAAGAUCUAUCAUCCGCAAGGCGAGCUUCCUGUUGCUAAGGUCGCCGGUGAACUUGGCAUUCCUUACAGUCUCUCGACUGCGGGCUCCUGUCCGAUUGAAGAUGUCGCUGAAGCAAAUGAGGCUGGUCGGAAGGUUGCACAGAAUAGCGAAGAGAGUCGCCGCAUCCCUGAGGGCCCUCGAUUCUUCCAGCUCUAUAUGCCUCAUGAUGACGAGCUAACGCUGUCAUUACUCAAGAGAGCACAUGAAUCUGGGUUUUCGGCAUGUAUCUUGACAACGGAUACGUGGCAACUCGGAUGGCGACAUGACGAUGUUGCGACGUCUAACUACGCCUUCUACCGCGGCAUCGGUGCCGACUUGGGUCUGUCGGACCCCAUCUUCCAGAAGCGUUUGGCUGAACAUGGCAUCGAUCCAAAGAAUCAGCCCGCAGAGGCUGGAGCACUCUGGAUCGACAACGUUUGGCACGGCCGCGCAUGGUCUUGGGAGAAAGCUGUCUGGGCGCGAGAGAAGUGGCAGGAGAUAAGCGGCGGAAACCCGUUCUUGAUUAAAGGCAUUCAGCGCGUUGAUGAUGCUGUGAAAGCAGCUGAUCUGGGUUUUGAGGGUAUCGUCGUCAGUAAUCAUGCUGGACGCCAGGUUGAUGGAGCGAUUGGGAGUCUUGAUGCUCUGGAACAGAUUGCUGAAAAGGUCGGCGAUCGUAUCGUUGUUACUUUCGAUAGCGGUGUCAGAGGAGCUGCUGAUAUUGUCAAGGCUCUUGCUCUCGGCGCCAAGUUUGUCUUUAUUGGGAGAUUGUGGAUCUGGGGACUUAGUAUCAUGGGAGAGCAUGGAGUCAGGCAUGUGUUGAAGGGACUGUUGGCAGAUCUGGAUAUCCUGAUGAAUGUCGCGGGGUUGAAUAAGGUUGAAGAUAUUGAUAAGAGUCUUAUACAAUCCCAGCCUGUAAGCUGCAAGAGCAAGCUAUAGGUUACAGAUACGAACACAGGAUAAGAAGAAAUCGAAAGACUCAGUUCACUUUCAAUAGCGAAUACAAAGU